UUGAAUUCUCCCUCUGUUCUCCCCUUCCCCCUCCACCCCCGCUCCUCCCAAAUCCCACCCCCUCGCCGCCCGGAUUUCGAAUUCUCCUCCACCCUCGCCGCCGCCAUGUCGUCGCGGCAGGACAAGGAGAAGGCGGUGAACGUCCAGGUCCUCCUCCGCUGCAGGCCCUUCAGCGACGACGAGCUCCGGAGCAACGCGCCCCAGGUGGUCACCUGCAACGACUUCCAGCGGGAGGUCGCCGUCACGCAGACCAUCGCCGGGAAGCAGAUCGACCGGGUCUUCACCUUCGACAAGGUUUUUGGACCAACAGCUAGGCAAAGAGAUCUGUAUGACCAGGCCAUUAUUCCUAUUGUAAAUGAAGUGCUCGAGGGUUUUAAUUGCACCAUCUUCGCCUAUGGCCAGACUGGCACUGGGAAGACCUACACCAUGGAGGGUGAAUGCAGGAGAGCCAAGAGUGGGCCAAAGGGCCAAUUGCCUGCUGAUGCUGGGGUCAUACCUAGGGCAGUUAAGCAAAUAUUUGAUACACUGGAGAGCCAGAAUACCGAGUACAGUGUUAAGGUUACAUUCCUCGAGCUGUACAACGAGGAAAUCACUGAUCUUCUUGCACCCGAAGAGAUAUCUAAAGCUGCCCUCGAAGAACGGCAGAAAAAGCCCCUACCUCUUAUGGAGGACGGGAAAGGUGGGGUGCUUGUGAGAGGUCUGGAGGAAGAGAUAGUAACGAAUGCCACCGAAAUAUUCUCUCUUUUGGAAAGAGGAUCCGCAAAGCGUCGAACUGCAGAGACUCUGUUGAACAAGCAAUCCAGUCGUUCCCACUCCCUUUUCUCAAUCACCAUCCACAUAAAAGAGGCUACUCCUGAAGGAGAAGAACUCAUAAAAUGUGGGAAACUAAAUCUGGUUGACCUUGCUGGAUCAGAGAAUAUCUCUCGUUCUGGAGCUAGGGAGGGCCGAGCAAGAGAGGCUGGUGAAAUAAACAAAAGCUUGCUUACUUUAGGUCGUGUCAUUACAGCUUUAGUUGAGCACCUUGGACAUGUUCCUUACAGGGACAGUAAGCUUACAAGGUUGCUCCGUGAUUCGUUAGGAGGGAGGACUAAAACUUGCAUCAUUGCUACUGUGUCGCCCUCAGUACAUUGUCUAGAGGAAACAUUGAGUACUUUAGAUUAUGCUCACCGGGCAAAGAGCAUCAAAAACAGGCCUGAGGUAAACCAGAAAAUGAUGAAAUCAACAUUAAUUAAAGAUCUGUAUGGAGAAAUCGAUCGACUUAAAGCAGAGGUCUAUGCUGCACGUGAAAAGGUUGGAGUUUACAUUCCAAAAGACAGAUAUCAGCAGGAGGAAAAUGAGAGGAAGGCCAUGGCAGAUCAAAUUGAGCAGAUGACUGCUUCAUUGGAAACAAACCAGAAGCAAAUUAAUGAUCUUCAAGAAAAGUACAACUCAGAGCUUCAACAUUCUGCUGACUUGUGCAAAAAGCUUGAAGCCACUGAGAAAUGUCUGGACCAUACAAGCAACUUACUAUCCACAACCAAAGAAGAUCUGAAGCAGGCCCAGUAUAAUCUGAAGGAGAAAGAUUUCAUAAUCUCCGAGCAGAAAAAAGCAGAAAAUGCUUUAACUCAACAAGCUUGUCUUCUGAGAUCAGACCUGGAAAAAUCUAACCGUGACAAUGCUUCACUCUACUCCAAGAUUGCUCGAGGGGAUAAGCUAAAUGCUGCAAAUAGGUCAGUGGUAAACUCAUUCCAAGCUGACCUGGCUUCCAAGUUGGAUAUUCUCUCCACUACCCUCGCCUCAUCUGUAGACCAGCAAAAUAAACACCUUAAGUCUGUGGAGAACCUGUGCAAAUCCUGUGUUGAUUCCCAUGACAUGGCUACCUUGGAGAUAAAGAAGAAAGUUUUAGCAUCAAAAGCACUAUAUAUGUCGCACAUGGAAGCCUUCCAAAAUGUUGUGCUCCUGCAUAAAGCAAAUGCAAAUUCUACACUGGAGGAUAUAUCAUCACUGUCUGCUGCAAGCUGUUGCAGUCUUGAUCAGCUUCUAGCUUGUGUCGAGGGAGAGGCUCAGAAGAUAUUUAGUGAUAUCCAGAAUUUGUUAGCUGACCACCGAAGCGAAGUAGCACAUUUCACUCAAGAAUUACGCGAGAGUUUCCGCAUUAGUUUGGAUAGGACGAAGGAUAUGUCUAGUUUCAUUCUUGGGCUCUUUGACAAGUAUGUGGAGGAAACAUCGAAGUUGCAGAAUCACUCCAAUCACACACAUGAAGAACAAGUGAAAAGCCUUGAAGAUUUUCAGAAGGCUUAUGAGGAGCAAUCAAAAUCAGAAGAACAAAAGCUUCUGGCAGAUAUCACCAAUUUGGUCUCUAAACACAUUACUAGACAACGAGAGUUGGUGGGUGUUAGAUUAAACAAUAUGGGUGACGCGGCACGUGGAAACAAAGCAUUUUUGGAUGAGCACACGUCCGCUAUGGAGGUUGUCACGAAAGACGCCAAGAGAAAGUGGGAGAUGUUUGCCGAGCAGGCAGAGAAUGAUUGCAAAGUUGGGUCGAACUUCUCUGCAGCUAAGCAUUGUCGCAUGGAAACCAUUCUGCAGGAAUGCGCAUGCACUGUCGACACAGCUGCUCAACAAUGGAAAACAUCACAUGCAACUGUUAACGAUCUAUGCAGAAAACAAGUAGCUGAAGUUGAAGCACUUGUCAGGAGUGCAGUCGAAACCAACGAGCAGCAUGAAGCUGAGAUUGCAUCUUCCCGUGCCACGGCUGAGGAACAGGCCUCUAACAGCAGCAAGGACAUACUUCAGGAUAUUGACAAUAUGCUGGAGGCGGCGCGCAAUUCGUCAUCAAGAGUGGUGUCGACGGUAGAAGCCCAAUUGGUAGAGAUCCAGCAUCUGCAGGAGAACCACUCUAGCCAUACUGCCGGCAUCAACACGCACGCCGACAAUGCAUUCCAGAGCAGCUACAAGGACUACGAGCCGUCCGGCGAGACUCCGGUGAGGUCGGAGCCGGAGGUGCCGAGCAAAGUCGCGAUCGAGUCGCUGCGGGCGAUGCCGAUCGAGUCCCUGAUGGACGAGUUCCGCGAGAACCACCCGUACGAGUCGAGCAAAGAGCCGAAGCCGUCGCUCAUCCCUCGCUCGCCGCUCGCCACCAUCAACAACUGAUGAAGAACAAGAAAUCCAUUGGGAUGAAUCGAAUGUGUGUACCAUGUGUAAUCUUAUUAGUAAGAAGAGGACAUCAAACGCUGGUUGUGUUUUGGUGUCCUUGUUGU